AUGAAUAAUAAUGAUUUAAAAUUAGUAUUAGAUACAGAUAAUAAUAAUACUUUAGUAUUAGAUAGGAGAAAUAAUAAUAAUACUUUAGCAUUAGAAGAGAGGAAUAAUAAUACUUUAGCAUUAGAUAUAGGAAUUAAUAGUAAUAAUGAUCUUAAUAAUAAUAAUUUAGCAUUAGAUAUUGAAAAAGAUAAUAAUAAUAUUAAUAAAAAUUUAACAUUAGAUGGUACUUUAAUAUUAGAUGGAAGAGAUGAAAAUGAUAAUAAUAUUGAUAAUGAUAAUGAUAAUAUUGAUAAUAUUAAUACUUUGAUAUUAAAUGAGAGAGAAGAUGAUAAUAUUAAUAAUAAUUUAGAUGGAAAUUGUGAUAAUGAAGAAUUUUUUAAUGAUAAUAGAGAGAAUUUGUCAAAUAGAGAUAUUUCAAUGUCAGAUAGUAAUACUUUAGUAUUAAGUAGAGAAAGUAAUUUAGAAUUAAAUGAAAAUUAG